AUGAACGAGAAUCAGCGGAAUUAUAAUGAACGGAUUAAAGAGAAAAGUAGACAAUAUUUCAAAAUUUACUACCAAAAAAAUAAGGAAAGUAUCAGGAAAAACCAGAAAACGUAUAACCAAAAUAAUAAAGAAAAGCGAAUUGAAUACAAGAGAAAGUACCGACAAAAUAAGAAAAACGUUCAAUCUGAUAAUAAUGAAGGAACUUCAUUUGUUAAUCCACAGACUGUUGAUUUUACUAAUAUAGUUAAAUUAUCAAUUGUCUGCGAGGAGGAAGGAAAUCUUCUUAAUCAAGGGGAGGAAGAGUACAAUAAAGGGGAAGAUAAGCAAAAUCAAAUCGAGGUAGAAGAGACUAAUAAAAUUCAUGAAGAUGAUUCAAAUAAAGUAGAUUGUAACAAGAAAAUUCAUCCUUUCGAUCUGAACGAGUUACCUGGGGAUGAUUAA